GACAUUUUGGUGUUGUGACGGAAAUACAUCUGCUAUUGAAAUACUUUUCCGGUCAAGGGAACACAUUAAUGAGGAGUUAGUUUAAUGUGUCUUAAUGUGGCCCUCAUCAUCGGCGUAGAGGCCACAUUCACUCUAUAAAUGGCGACCAUUUUUAUUUUGUUUCUACUGCGAGUAAUGUGCAAACAAGUGUAUUGCAAGCACGGCUUCCACAUGUCAUGAAAAGAAGUAAGUAUGGACGGGUGGGGCUCAGUCGUUGCAGCAGAUAAUGACCCUUCAAGUUCUGAGGGGGAAUACAUCGUCGAACCGGGUCCCGAACAUGAAACCAAGGCGGUUAAGGAAGGAGAGCAUCGGGGCUUUGUGGAGAGGAUGGACGAUGGGGCCACCAAUGUUGGAUUAAGUGGGAUAGGAGAAAGCAAGGUGUUGUUGGGACGACUCGGACAUAGAGACGACAAAGAACUACGGUAUUUGCACUUAUUAUGGGAACCAGGACGAUCAGAGAAUGGACCUGGUGCCACGAGCAACAAGGUGGGGAAGAUGACCGGGAGCAGGACCCGUCGGUUGCACAGAGCUACAAGGAACCCGAUCGGUAAAGAUGUGUAUGCUGUAAAAAGACUGAGGGACGCGGCAAACAGCAAUGACAUCGACACAGUUCGGAAGCUCCUGCAGGAUGACAUAGACCCAUGUGCAGCAGAUGACAAGGGGAGGACAGCCUUACAUUUUUCUUCCUGCAAUGGCAAUGAAAGCAUCGUGCAAUUACUGCUAAGCUACGGUGCUGAUCCCAACCAACGUGACAGUCUGGGUAACACCCCACUCCAUCUGGCGGCCUGUACAAACCAUGUGCCUGUCAUCACCACAUUGCUAAGAGGAGGAUCUCGUGUGGAUGCCCUUGACCGAGCAGGACGGACCCCUCUACAUCUCGCACGUUCCAAACUUAAUAUUCUACAGGAAGGGGAUUCUCGCAGUUUAGAGACCCUGAGAGGAGAGGUCAUACAGAUUAUUCAAAUGCUGAGGGAAUAUCUCAACCUAAUGGGGCAAAGUGAAGCUAAAGAGAGACUGGAGCACAUUUCCUCCCAGCUGCAACACACACGAACCAAAGAGCAAGUGGACGAGGUGACUGAUUUACUGGCCAGCUUUACUUCACUCAGCCUUCAGAAACAGAAUUUGGGAGCCAGGUAGAGAAUAUAACCCCUUCAAAGUUUGUAAACAGUGUGAUGUUAUUUACGGGGUGCGGCUUAGCUGGAGGCUUGAAAACACCCGUUAACCAUAUUUCAAUAGAGUGUUUAUGUAAGAAUGGACUUAGGCCAUGAAGGGGUCUAUUGAGAAACUAGAUUCUGCUUCUCUUUUUAAAGCAAGCCUCAGCUCCUCGUUCUUGAACAAUGAUUGAUAUUUCUGCUCAGUACCGCUGUAAUGAUUGUCAUUCAGAGAUCCUACAAUUAUUGUAAUUUUGCUUCUUGCAAAGGAUUAUUUGAUUUAGGUGGGCCAAAGGUAGAAAAUGAUGUAUCAAAUGAACUUAAGAAAGGAAUGUGUACUGCCUAUCAAAAUAUAUAUUGUAUGUUUAAAGCGGUCCAUGUGCUGAAUAUAUUUAUUGGUCUUUGUGAAACAAUUUGAUUGACUGCAAGCCUGUUCAUUGUCCUGCAACAUUGCUUCUCCAUCUGUCUUAAUGGAUCAAAACAUUCCUCCUUUAUUGUUUCUUUUUUGCAUCUUCAGUGUGGUCUUCCUAUAAUUUUUUUUUUUUUAGGGAAAAAACAUGAGGAAAUUUGACACAUUAAUUUAAAGACGGUGGUGAACAAAGCUACCUCUAUUGUGCCAAAAAGUAACAAUUCUUUUGAUGUUGCUGACAGUUGCAGAAAUGUUUUGAUGGGAGAGGACUUUCCGCAUCAAAUCCUUGAUUUUUAGUUCCAUCUAAUUUCAAGUGCAUUUUAUUUAUUUACAUUCAACUCAGUAAUUCUGCCUGUUGGACCUUGAACGCCAUCAUCGACCAUAACAGACUGGACAGCAAUGCCCCAGAUUGAUCACAAACGUCUGUGCCUGUGUUUCCCUAAUUUUUAUUAUUACUUAUGGUCUAUGCUUAAACUAAAUGAGCAACCAGUUUUACUUUUGUAUUUUUGAUUCCUUCAUCAGCAAGGUAUUUCCCACUUGUAUUGCAUGUUAAUGUUUAACUGAUGUUGAAGUACUGUCAAAAUGUAUAUGUUUGAAAAAAAAAUAAAAUGAAUUGCCUAUGUGAUUAUAA